CGCCUGCGCAUAAGAACCCGAGGAACCGAGUCGGGGGGGUAAAGAAGGGGCCGGCCUUCGAGCGACAGCGACGCAAGAUGGCAGCCACCACGGGCUCGGAUAUUUAUUGAGGACCUGUUAUGUCCUCUUGUGAAUCGUGAACAAGAUGGACAUAGCAGCCUCUGUCCAUGAUGAACUUCCAUUCUAGUCAGGGAGAAGUCCAUUAAAGGAGUAAAUAAGCGUAAAAGUCCCUCGCAAUUUCCGACUGUUGGAAGAACUCGAAGAAGGCCAGAAAGGAGUAGGAGAUGGCACAGUUAGCUGGGGUCUAGAAGAUGACGAAGACAUGACACUUACAAGAUGGACAGGGAUGAUAAUUGGGCCUCCAAGAACAAUUUAUGAAAACAGAAUAUACAGCCUUAAAAUAGAAUGUGGACCUAAAUACCCAGAAGCACCCCCCUUUGUAAGAUUUGUAACAAAAAUUAAUAUGAAUGGAGUUAAUAGUUCUAAUGGAGUGGUGGACCCAAGAGCCAUAUCAGUGCUAGCAAAAUGGCAGAAUUCAUAUAGCAUCAAAGUUGUCCUGCAAGAGCUUCGGCGCCUAAUGAUGUCUAAAGAAAAUAUGAAACUCCCUCAGCCACCUGAAGGACAGUGUUACAGCAAUUAAUCAAAAAGAAAAACCACAGGCCCUCCCCAUUCCCCCACAUUUGAUUUAAGCAGUCUUCAUUUUCCACAGUAGUAAAUUUUCUAGAUAUGUCUUGUAGACCUCAAAGUACUGGAAAGGAAGCUCCCAUUCAAAGGCAGUUUAUCUUAAGAUACUGUAAAUGAUACUAAUACAUAAGUUGUGCUAUAACAAAUCAUCCUGUCAAAUGUAACCACUGUCCACAUAGUUGAACUUCUGGGAUCAAGAAAGUAUAUUUAAAUUGAUUCCCAUCAUAACUGGUGGGGCACACCUAACUCAACUGUGAAAAGACACAUUACACAAUCACCUUGCUGCUGAUUACAUGGCCUGGGGUCUCUGCCUUCUCCCCUCCCCUUCCCCCUGCCUCCCUCCCUGCAGCAGCCCUCCAGCUUGGGGUGGCUUGUUAGAGUAGAUGUGAAGGUUUCAGGUCACAGCCUGUGGGACUACUGCUGGGGGUGUGGGGUGCUUCAUCAGCAUCCCGUUUCCUUUAAGUCUUAAAUGAUGCCUCCCUUCCAAGCCAUCAUCCUUCUCUCACUCUCCACUACCACCCUCGGCCGAAGCAUAGAUUGUAACCUCGUCUGCUCCCCUCUGAAAUUGGCCUUUGGUGAGGAAUUCAGGGCUUUCCCCAUAUCUUCUCCCUCCACCUUUACGAGGGGUGCUGCUUUUCCUUCCUCCUCAAAUCCAUUUUUGCACCGUCACCACCCAACACUUGCCAUGACGCUUCCUUGCUUUGGCCAGAAGCCAUCAGGUAGGGUUGGAAAGGGUCUGACUUCCCUCGUUUAGUUUUUAAACCACAUUUAUUUACUCUUCCCCAGCCUGGGAAAUGCAUAUUGGGUCCUCAGCCUUGCCACCCUCUGCUGUCAUCAUCAGCUGAUGCAUUUUUUUUAGCUCAGGUUUUGAUAAAAUGGAAAGAACAGUCACCAGGGUUACUCAGACCUGCCAGCUGUCAAAGUCCUUGGUGGUUAAACUUGGAGAAAGGCCACAGAAGACACUUGUAAGCACACAUGAUCCCUCUGAAUGAAUUGUUUUCUUUUCGUGUAAUUGCUUUUGCUUUUAAAAAUUGAAGAAGUUUAAACAGGGCUCUCCUUUGGUCAUCUUUGCAUCCAUUUGGGUCUAGUUUGGAAUCUGACAACUGGAACAAAAUGAACCUUGAAUUCGGUGCCUACUUUGGCUUUGGUGCUGCUGCUUCUCGCGGUCCUCGGCAGGGAGUAAGAAGGGACUCGGUGCGACGGCAGAUCCCCGACGUUGGCGGGCUUGACUUCCUGGCAGAUUGCUGCGUUUUUCCACUUUUCUGUUCAGGACCACUAAGUGCUGAGAUGUGGAUGCAAACCGAAAUAAAAGCAAUUCAUUGUAUUCUAAA